AUGUCUUAUCAAGGCAAAAAGAACAUCCCAAAGAUCACGAGCGAUAGGCUUCUGAUCAAAGGAGGGAGGAUUGUGAACGAUGACCAGUCCUUCCAUGCUGAUAUCUACAUGGAGGAUGGCCUCAUUAAGCAAAUUGGUGACAACCUGAUUGUGCCGGGUGGUGUUAAGACCAUUGAAGCCAACGGGAAGAUGGUGAUCCCUGGUGGCAUUGACAUCCACACCCACUUCCAGAUGCCCUACCGCGGAACCACCACCGUGGAUGACUUCGCUCAGGGAUCAAAAGCUGCCCUCGCCGGUGGCACCACCAUGAUCGUGGACCAUGUGAUCCCGGAGCCAGGGACCAGCCUGAUAGAGGCCUACGACCAGUGGAAGCAGUGGGCCGACGAGAAGGCCGGCUGCGACUACUCUCUCCACGUGGACAUCACCCACUGGAAUGACAGCGUCAAGCAGGAGGUGGACAGUCUCAUCAGAGAGAAAGGUGUGAACUCGUUCCAGGUUUACAUGGCCUACAAGGACUACUACCAGAUGAGCAACAGCGAGCUCUAUGAGGUCUUCACCUUCUUGGCAGAGAGAGGAGGCGUCGCUCAGGUCCAUGCUGAAAAUGGCGAGAUCAUUGCUGAGGAGCAAUCCCGGAUGCUGCAGAUGGGUAUCACUGGACCAGAGGGACAUGUUCUGAGCAGGCCAGAGGAGCUUGAGGCUGAGGCGGUGUUUCGGGCCAUCACCAUCGCCAGCCAAACCAACUGUCCUCUCUAUGUGACCCGGGUCAUGAGCAAAAGCGCAGCUGACAUCAUCUCACAGGCUCGCAAAAAAGGAAAUGUGGUGUUUGGGGAGCCAAUCACAGCCAGCCUUGGGACUGAUGGGACACAUUACUGGAGCAAGAACUGGGCCAAAGCAGCUUCUUUUGUUACAUCACCUCCUCUCAGCCCUGAUCCCACCACUCCGGACUAUCUGAACACGCUGCUGGCCAGUGGAGACCUGAGUGUGACCGGCAGUGCUCACUGUACGUUCAGCGUGGCCCAGAAGGCCAUUGGCAAGGAUGACUUCACUCAGAUCCCAGAAGGUGUCAACGGAGUGGAGGAAAGAAUGGCGCUCAUCUGGGAUAAAGCUGUGACCACAGGAAAGAUGGAUGAGAACAUGUUUGUGGCUGUGACAAGCACCAAUGCGGCUAAGAUCCUGAACCUGUACCCCCGGAAGGGUCGGAUUGCUGUGGGCUCUGACGCCGACUUGGUCAUCUGGGACACAGACUCCAUUCGCACCAUCACUGCCAAGACACACAAUUCUGCUGCUGAAUACAACGUCUUCGAGGGCAUGGAGCUGCGCGGAGCGCCACUAGUGGUGAUCUGUCAGGGCAAGAUUGUCCUGGAGGACGGAAACCUCCAUGUCACCUCUGGAGUGGGUCGCUUCAUCCCCUGCUCACCCUUCCCUGACUUUGCCUAUAAACGCGUUAAAGCCAGAAAGCAGCUGGCAGUGCUGAGGGCCGUGCCCAGGGGCAUGUACGACGGCCCCGUGUCCGAGUUCUCCAUGUCCCGCGGUGGCACCCCCUCGGCAUCAGCGCGCACCUCUCCCACCAAACAACCCGUCAGAAACCUGCACCAGUCUGGAUUUAGUCUAGCAGGUAACCCUGCACCCUGUGGCCCCCCCACUCCUGAUGAGGUCCCGGUCAGGCCUGCUGGACGGCGUAUUGUAGUGCCCCCUGGCGGUCGCUCCAACAUCACUUCUCUUAGUUAAACAGGAGGAAGACGAGGGGACGCUCCCACAGAAAAAAACAGCCAGAGUGCAAGAUUGUGGGUGGGAGGGGAACGGGGAGGAGGAGGAGGAAGAGGAGGAGGAGGAGGAGAUGCAGAGGACCAUAAUUAGUUAAAAGUUUUAAAAGCAAAACACUGAAUCCUCAUGCCUUACCUGUCACAAUGCUACUAUGCUCCAGUGAGAAUCGCGUCCCUUUUCCUGAAGAGUAUGGAACCGUUUAGGAUUUGCCAUCAAAGAACACAUAACACCCAACAGGUUAAAGCCUUCGUCUCACUACACAACACACCACAGCUGAAGGGGAAAACAUUAUCUCUUAGCACUUUGGUAAUAGUACACUAGAACCAGUAAAACUUUGCAUUGUCACAUUAAACCAAGAAAGAAAACAAAGUGCGUACUCAAAGGAAAACGGAUGCAGAUUUUCCCAGAAUGAUACUAUUGUUCUUUCAUCCUGUUUGGCUUUCAGUGUCACCCCCCCCCCCUUUUUUUUCAGUAGUCUGCUUUCUCCAUAGUCAGCAAAACCUAACACUAGAUCCCACAUUAGGCAUAACCAUGCGGUACCAUUGAUUAGGUGUAGGUGACAUUGUACAUAUGGUAGACGUAAUGUAGCUUUGUGAAUGAUGUUGUUGCAGCCUGUUUGAGUUUACAGGACCAAGUAAAGGAUAUGUACCAAAUCUGAGAGCAGGGGGGGGGGGGGGUCGUUGGACAUGGACCUGCAUGGGCCACAUCAACAUGGGUGACGUGAUCCAUGAUCCUUUUCCCCGCCUUCCCCUCUGAUGUGUUUGCCGAGUACCAUUCCCAUGACAAAGCCAUACUCAUUAUUGAUGUUAAAAAUAAGCGAAAUUCUUCUGCUUGAGAAAAGACUUCUUUGUGGAGACAAAGGAAUUGGAAAGAGGUAUAUGUGAAUGAUCUCACUAUUCUUUAUCCCCAAAAAGUUGCUUAGUCUCACUCUCCUCUACUCCUUUAUUGCGUUGUUGAAAUAAAAAAGCAAGAAACCGUCCCUUGCAUUUGCUUCUAGUAUACUGGCUACUGUUGUAAUCCUAAAAUCAUCAUGAGAAACAGAACGAUGGGCAAAAAAUACAAAUAAAAAAUGAGAAUGCGAUCCCAAAAAACGUAAGAAGAAUGAACUGUCCCUUAUUGCUAAAGUGUAACAUGUUAUGAAGAGCUUUGCAGCUCAGGGCACCUGAUUAGAUAUACAAGGACACGAUUAGAUGUAACAAAGACCUGCUUUUGGAUAACAGCGCUUAACCUCCAGCUUUACUUUUCCAUUCCUGACCAAACUGGGCUCUCAUUUCAGGACAAGUGGAAGACCGUCAUUGGCUUGUCAUUCCAACACAAUCCCCAGUGCAGCCAUUCAUCUGCCUGAAACUAAGAGAGCCCAAAUACUCUGGUUCUGAUCCUGUUUGGGGGGGCAUUUUUCUUUAUGUGUCUGCUAUUUCCUGAUAAGGCAGAGGAGUGUGGCGCAGUAAGGGAAGUUUAAAAAAUCAUUUUUGUUGUUGCCCCCUUGUGGGGAGAGGUUGGAAGGAUGUGCUGUUUUCAUUUGGCAGACUGGGGCAGGCACGAAAAAGUGGUUUGUUGUAUUUAUGUUAGUUUGACAACCUUUGUUACUGUUUUUAUGUUUCUUUUUUACUGUUGUAUCAAAACCCAGAGAUGGCAGGUCAAAAAUAAGGUGUGGAAGUAUGAUUUGUUUCCUGAAUAAACAUGAGUUGCAACUAUCA